CUAAACAGGAUUGGCUGGCAGUGAGGGUCACGUGUUUUGUUUUUUUAAAUAAUCAUUCUAUGAAUUACGGCUGGUGAGAGGGACACAUCACCCACACUCAUCUUAUAUAUCGUUCUGUGUACGGUGCUUCUCCAAGAUGGCGGAUUAACACGUGACCAGUAACCCUGCCCUCCCACUAAAAUGGUUGCCAGCAAAAGUCUUCCACAUCUAACAUGGCAGCAUAGGAUCGACUCUACCAAGAUGGCGGGCCAUCACGUGACCACUGUAUGUAUUUUCUAGUGAUUCCUGGGAGUAUGGAGGAGCCUCCGGUGUUCCUGGUGGUCUGCGGCAUACCGCGCCGGUUUCGGUCGGCUCAGCUGCGUCAUUACUUCAGUCAGUUUACGGAGAGCGGCGGGUUCGUGUGUUUCCACUACCGGCACCGCCCGGAACGCAGAGGGUCAGCGGCUGCCGGAUACGACGCGUUCUGCUGCCCGGUGUCGGUCAGGCCAGAGAGAGCACAGAGCUUCCGGCGCAUGUACCAUGGCAAGCCCUGGCUGGAUGCUACCGGGAGCCAGGUCCCCGGGAGGUGCCUCAUCCACGCGAUCCGAGACGCUCCGGGUAGAGAUCUGCAGGACUUUCCUUAUAAGACACGUCGUGAGUUGUUGCAGGUCCGAUGGCCUGUCACGGCUGAGGAGAAACAGGUGACUUCAGCAGAAUUGCUCAAAAUGUCUGAGCUUAACCCUCCGGCACUCAUGCCCCAAGGAAACGUUGGCACGCCUGUGAGUGUCUUCCUGCAGCUAAUACGCUCCUGCCGUCUUCCACCCAGACUUAUAACCCGGUUGGGUCUGAAGUUUCGUCGUUCAGGGAGACGUUAUGGCAGUGUCCCUUUUGUUUAUGAAGGAACAGAGACUACCAUAACAGAGGAGGGUGUGUAUACUGCCGCUGGACAUGAGAUAACAGAAGAUAGCAGCACUGAAUCAAAUGUGAUCAGAGACGAGAAUGACACCAUGGAGCAUUCUAAUUCUGAGGAUGAUAACGAUACAUGUGAAGAGUGGGAGAGACACGAGGCUUUACAUGAAGACAUUACUGAGCAAGAACGCUGUAAAGAACGUUUGUUUGAGGAAAAGAUUGAACUUAAGUGGGAAAAGGGUGGGUCUGGUUUGGUGUUCUACACGGAUGCCCAGAUGUGGAAAGAACAGGAAGGAGAUUUUGAUGAACAGACCGCUGACGAUUGGGAUGUGGAUAUGAGUGGUUAUUAUGAGCAUGGUGCUGGAGAUAAGGAUGCUAAAGACUAUUUGAAGAUGCGACUAGAAACAAGGAGACGGGAUGGACAUAACGCAGCAGAGGAAAAACAUGGUCUUGGUGGUUUUGAACGAUACACAAAGGGAGUUGGGCGUAAGGUAAUGGAGAGCCAGGGCUGGACUGAGGGAACUGGUCUUGGUGCCAGUGGUGCAGGAAUGCCAGAGGCCUUGGAGAAUGAAGGACAAAACCCAAAAUGCAGGCGUGGCUUGGGGUAUCAUGGGGAAAAGUUGUCAACGUUCUGCCUAGGUCAGAAGAAGCCUACGUAUUUAAUCUCUACAGUGUAUGAUCAGCCACGUGAGGAAGAUAUGGGGGACACUUUAUUGCGACGGCAAAAGAGCAGUGCUAUGAAGUAUCGGAGAAAUCAAAUAAUAUCGGAGACAAAACAGUGACUUUCGAGAGAGAUAUUUAUGACUUAAAAUAUUUUAUUUAUUUACAUAUACAGACUGAUUUCCAGAUUGAUAUCUUUCAUUGGAGAAUUUCACACCUAAGUGGUUCCUGGAUGUCUGAUAUGUUGAUGCUGCUGAUUUUGCACAAACUUUUUUAUUCUCAGGUUUUUUAAAAUACUGUUUUUGUAUUUAAGAUUUUUUAUCUUGUUUGCCUAAAAGAUACUCAUUAGAAAUGUGCAGUUUACGUGUUCCCUUGAGCAUAUGAUAUAAACAUGCCGUUUAAUUUCA